UUAAAUAAAUAUAUAUACAAAUUAAACGAGUGACGUGUAUGUGUCUAUGCUAAAGAGUCAGUUUUUGAAAUUAUUAUUUUAUCGAAGUACAAAGUAACAAUUUUAAUUAUGACAAAAUUCUUGGCGACAAUUAAAGCAAUAAUUACGCGCCUGGUGUUUGCCUCGCAUGGCUUCAUCGCUAUUUGGCAAGUAACAACUUUCAAGAAGAAUCCAUAUUUUUGGUACCUGAGCUCUCCGAUCGUCUUGCUGUUUUUCGAAGGCGUUUUCACGCUGACUAUAAAAGAAAGUCAAGAAUGGAAGUGGUUUUGUCCAUCUGUAUUUUUAUAUCUCAGUAGUGUGGUACCUGCAAUUUGGUUAUUGGAAUUGGACAAAGUGGAUAGAAGAUUAAAACCCCGUGAAAUGGAUAUCAACAUUUCCGAGAAUUUGGAUUUGUCCAAUUUAGCAGCCAGUGAUUUAAAGCAUCUGGAAAAAGCUUUGGGCGUCGAUAUUAAAUUACCGGAUAUUCAGAUUUCCACGGAAACGUGGGUCACUUUGAUCGAGCAGUUUUUAAUGUUAGUUCUAAUAAUCGGUCGGUGGAUGCUACCGAAGGGUGAUUUAACCCGCGAUCAGCUGAGCCAGCUUCUGUUGGUCUACAUCGGGACCGCAGCUGAUAUCAUCGAGUUCUUCGAUUCCUUCAAGGAAGACAGGAUAGCGCGGGAACCUGUACUUGUAUAUUUGACUCUAAGCAUCUGGGCAUGGUCCCUGAUGCAAUUUACAGUCGUGUUGACCGCUACUAAAUCAAGAAAGUCCCGACUGUCCAGCAGCGUCGCCAGGAAGAAGACCCGGUCGGAAACUAGCUGUUGCAGUAUCGAUGUGUGGGGAAUCGCUCUGAACAUGAUUCUUCAGGACGGACCGUUUCUGGCGUUUCGCUUGAUCCUGAUAAUUCAUUAUCAGAUUGUCAGUUACAUGAACAUAUUUUUUACAUGCAAAAACACACUUGUUAUACUGCUGCAGUUGUAUCGGCUUUACGUGGUGCAAAGCGAAAAUAAAAGCAAACGGAACAAGAAAUAUAACAAAAUCGAAGUGUCGAAUAUCAGCAUUAUUUCUCGAGGCGAUAUGUAUAAAGACGUAAGAGUGAGACAUUCGCGAGAUGACAAUAGGCACAAAAGGCGACGAGAUAAGGACGUAGAGGCAAAUUACAGUGAAACUGAAAACUCGACGGAGGAUAUCGAUAAAUUUGAUUUAUCCCCGAAAAAUGUUGUUUGCUCCAAACGGAAAAGUCGUCAAGAUACUGGAUAUUCCACGUCAAGUUCUCGUAAUUCUAGCAAACGGGGUAAAUCGGAAAAGCGCGAAGGGAAGAAAAGAUUGUCGCGUAAAGAAGAGACGAGACACAAUAAUUCUUCUGACGAGGAGAGACGUAAGAGAAGAGAGGACAAGAAAUCUUCCGAAAGAAGCGAGAGAAAGUCAAAGAAUAAGAUUGAUGAUGCUUCCGGUAAAAGCUCCAAUCGGAAGUUUGACAGCGAAAAUGAGUCCUCCAGCGAGCUGACCGAAAGUAAGACUAUCAGUAAAGAUAGCGAAUCGGAGUUUGACAGAAACAGUGCUCGUAAAUAUACACAUCGAAAACGAAGGCAGGAUAGAGAUUGACAACGGAAUUUGAGUAUUAUAAUAUUGUUUAUUUAUUCUGCGAUUUUUAUCAUUUAUAUUCUCUUCAUUUACGCUGGAAUUAAUGACGGUAUAAUACUAAUUACGAAAACGAGACAGUUUUAUCCUGAGAGAUUUAACAUUUAAAUAAUAUUAAAAAUAU